AUGGAUGAUCUUGAGUCGCUGGAGCUGUUGUCGCUCGUCUCGCGAGUGACAACGGAGCUUCAGAACUAUCUGGGGAUCAACGACAAGACCUUGGCGGAGUUUGUGAUCGACCAGCAUCUCAAAUGCAAUGGCUCAUUCCCAGAAUUCAAAAAGAUUCUCGACGGAAUGGGUGCUGAAUUCCCGUCGAGUUUAAUGGAGAGCAUCGACCGAUUGGUGCUAACGAUGCAUCCAAAUUACAAAGGAAAGAAGCACGAUAAUGGCGACUCGGGCGCUGGAGGCGACGACAUCAUGGAUGAGCUGGACGCUUUAGAAAAGAGAUCGCGUGUUUUCAAAGGGCUCGCUGUACCAGACGGCAAGCGCAACUGGGACGAAGACGACUACCUCGACCGACCUGCGGACAACGGGACCGACGCGCCGGAUGGUGAGAUGGAUGACACAUUCGCAAUGCUCGAGGGUCUAGCUGGGAAAGCAAAGAAUGGUGAUCAGCGCUCGACCAGAGAUGAGCGUGGUAGUAGGAAGAGAUCCCGAAGCCCCGAGCAUGAAGGCUAUGACCGAUCACGCCGCCACAGAGACAAGUAUCGCUCAAGGUCACGCAGUCCUCACCGAAGUUCUCAGAAUAACGAAUUCAUUGACGAAUUUGGAAGAUCUAUUGGCAAAUAUGGGGAUCGAGAUGCAGAUCGCAAUGGUCUUAGCGAUCGUCGGAAACGUCGCGAUCGCGACAGAAUGGGCGAUGACGAUUUCCGACGACCUCCUCCUGUCGAACUUGACGACUCUCCAAUUCUCUACAAAAUUUAUGAUGGACAGGUGACAGGCUUGAAAGACUUCGGUGCUUUCGUCAAUCUGCGCGGGGUGCAGGGUAAAGUCGACGGUCUGGUGCACGUGUCUGCGAUGCAAGAGGGAGCCCGGGUAAACCAUCCUUCGGACCUGGUCUCCCGUGGCCAGCCGGUCAAAGUCAAGGUAGUCAGCAUUCAAGGGAGUCGGAUCGGACUUUCGAUGAAGGAAGUUGAUCAAGUUUCGGGAAUGGAUCUUGUGCCCCAGAAGCGCUUGGCUUCUGGCGCAAACAUGGAGCGACUCGAUGGUCGUUCCGAACACGACAGAUACGGCAAUUUGAGCUCAGAGGUGCCGGUUAUUGAAGGAUCUCAUGGCCAACCUCUAAGGAGUCGGAAACGGAUGACCUCUCCCGAGAGAUGGGAGAUUAGACAGCUCAUUGCGUCUGGUGUUGCCUCUGCUGCAGAUUACCCUGACCUUGACGAAGAAUAUCACGCUACGCUAAAGGGCGAAGGCACUUUCGAGGAGGAGGAAGACGUUGACAUUGAAGUUCGUGAUGAGGAACCGCCCUUCUUAGCCGGACAAACAAAACAAUCUCUCGAGCUUUCGCCCAUUCGAGUCGUGAAAGCGCCCGAUGGCUCCAUGAAUCGUGCUGCCAUGUCUGGUACAAACCUCGCGAAGGAAAGACGCGAAUUGAAACAAUCAGAAGCGCAGGAUAAGGCAGCUGAGAGAGCUGCGCAAGUCGAUCUCAACGCUCAGUGGCAGGACCCUAUGGUGGCCCCAGAAGAUCGUAAAUUCGCUGCUGAUCUUCGUACGACGCAACAAAAGCCAGACGAGCCAGUGCCAGAGUGGAAGAGGGUCACGAUGGGCAAGAAUGUAUCCCUCGGCAAGCGAACGGAUAUGCCAAUCAAACAACAACGGGAGAGCUUGCCCGUUUUCAAGUUCCGCAAGCAGCUUCUCGACGCCGUAAGGGACAACCAAUUGAUGAUUGUCGUUGGAGACACCGGGUCUGGAAAAACCACUCAGUUGACUCAAUAUUUGGCAGAAGCUGGCUACGGUAACAAUGGCAUCAUUGGCUGCACUCAACCGCGUCGUGUGGCUGCCAUGUCCGUAGCAAAGCGUGUUUCAGAGGAGGUUGGCUGCAGACUCGGCGCUGAGGUGGGAUAUACAAUUCGCUUUGAGGACUGCACGAGCCCCGAGACCAAAAUCAAAUACAUGACUGAUGGCAUGCUCCAAAGAGAGAUUCUCAUGGACCCAGACCUCAAGAAGUACUCCGUCAUCAUGCUUGACGAAGCGCACGAGCGAACUAUUGCCACUGAUAUUCUCUUCGGCUUGCUCAAGAAAACAAUUAAGCGACGUCCAGAUCUGCGACUCAUCGUUACCUCUGCAACUCUUGAUGCCGAGAAGUUCUCUGAGUAUUUUAAUGGAUGUCCCAUUUUUUCCAUUCCAGGCCGGACGUUUCCUGUGGAAAUCAUGUACUCCAAGGAGCCCGAGUCGGAUUAUCUGGAUGCUGCUCUCAUCACCGUUAUGCAAAUCCACUUGACAGAGGCCGCUGGUGAUAUUUUGGUCUUUUUGACAGGCCAAGAAGAGAUUGACACAGCGUGUGAAAUCCUAUACGAGCGGAUGAAGGCUCUCGGGCCGUCGGUGCCUGAGCUUAUCAUUCUCCCCGUCUACUCUGCACUUCCUAGCGAAAUGCAGAGUCGAAUCUUCGAGCCGGCUCCGCCUGGAGGCCGAAAGGUCAUUAUUGCAACUAACAUUGCCGAGACGUCUAUCACUAUUGACAACAUUUACUACGUCAUUGAUCCUGGCUUCGUAAAGCAGAAUGCUUACGAUCCCAAGCUUGGUAUGGAUUCGCUCGUUGUUACGCCCAUCUCACAAGCACAAGCAAAACAACGAGCAGGCCGUGCCGGUCGGACAGGGCCGGGCAAAUGUUUCCGUCUGUAUACGGAAGCCGCCUAUCAAUCAGAAAUGAUUCCCACGACUAUCCCUGAAAUUCAACGGCAAAACCUCUCUCACACGAUUCUCAUGCUCAAAGCGAUGGGUAUUAACGAUCUUCUGCACUUUGAUUUCAUGGAUCCUCCGCCGACGAAUACCAUGUUGACAGCGCUCGAGGAGUUGUACGCCUUGUCAGCCCUAGACGAUGAAGGGUUACUCACUCGUCUUGGUCGCAAGAUGGCAGAUUUCCCUAUGGAACCUGCCCUUGCCAAGGUGCUCAUUGCAUCUGUUGAUAUGGGAUGCUCCGAAGAGAUUCUUAGCAUUGUGGCCAUGUUAUCCAUUCAGAGUGUCUUCUAUCGUCCUAAGGAGAAGCAACAACAAGCGGAUCAGAAGAAGGCCAAAUUCCACGACCCUCAUGGCGAUCAUCUCACUCUGUUGAACGUCUAUAAUGGAUGGAAAAAUUCCAAAUUCAACAACGCCUGGUGCUUUGAGAAUUUCAUCCAGGCACGCCAGAUUCGCCGUGCCCAAGAUGUUCGUCAGCAGCUUCUCGGAAUCAUGAAUCGCUAUCGCCACAAGAUUCUUUCGUGUGGACGCGACACGACUCUUGUGCGUCAAGCACUCUGCACUGGCUUCUUCCGGAACGCUGCCCGCAAAGAUCCUCAGGAAGGAUACAAGACGCUUGUUGAGGGCACGCCGGUGUAUAUGCACCCCAGCUCGGCCCUCUUUGGCAAGCCCGCCGAGCACGUCAUCUAUCAUACGUUAGUGCUGACGACGAAGGAGUACAUGCAUUGCACAACUGCCAUCGAGCCGAAAUGGCUCGUCGAGGCGGCGCCAACCUUCUUCAAGGUCGCGCCAACGGAUCGCCUGUCCAAGCGAAAGAAGGCUGAGCGCAUUCAACCUCUUCAUAACCGGUUUGCUGGCGAGGACGACUGGCGCCUUUCUGCGCAGCGUCGGCAGGGCAGAGGUGGCGGUGGUGGGACUUGGGGUUAG